CGUGGUUGGAAUCUAAAGUGGCGUUGUUUGCAGUGUCGUUUCACAAACCGCCGACCGCGACCAGUCAACAAUUUAGUAACGUGAUAGCGAGUAAUCAAACGUAACGCCAGUGUCUUCCAAGUGAUUUUUUUGUGUGAAAAAUGUCGGACGAAGUAACCGAAAACGGACAUCAGAACGGCGACGACGUACCUGAAAUCGAAUUAAUAAUUAAGGCAUCAACGAUCGAUGGCAGACGGAAGGGAGCGUGCCUAUUUUGUCAGGAGUACUUCAUGGACCUUUACCUAUUGGCAGAAUUAAAAACGAUAAGCUUAAAAGUAACGACAGUCGAUAUGCAGAAACCUCCGCCCGAUUUUCGCACCAACUUCGAAGCGACGCCGCCGCCCAUUCUGAUCGACAGGGGGAUGGCGAUUUUGGAAAAUGAAAAAAUCGAACGACAUAUAAUGAAAAAUGUUCCUGGGGGACAUAAUCUUUUUGUUCAGGAUAAAGAAGUGGCUACACUGAUUGAAAAUUUGUACAGUAAACUGAAGCUAGUAUUAGUAAAAAAAGACGAGCAAAAGAGCGCACAACUUCUAGGACACUUGCGAAGAAUCGACGAACAUUUACGACGAAGAGACACCCGAUUUUUGACCGGCGAUACGAUCUGCUGCUUCGACUGCGAACUGAUGCCACGUCUGCAGCACAUUCGCGUCGCCGCAAAGUAUUUCGUCGACUUCGACAUACCGACCGAACUUACUUCGCUUUGGCGCUACAUGUACAACAUGUACCAAUUGGACGCGUUCACCCAAAGCUGUCCGGCGGAUCAGGACAUCAUCAACCAUUACAAAUUACAGCAAGCCUUAAAGAUGAAGAAACACGAAGAGUUAGAAACGCCCACGUUCACUACGUCUAUUCCCGUCAACGUUAGUCAGUAACUUGUUAACUUAAUCCUCGGUUUCAUUUUAUUUCCUGAUGGCUUUUGAUAGUAACGAACAGACUGGAUGUGCCUGAAGAUCUAAGACGGUAGACUUUAGCAUUACGAAAUACAAUGAACCAAUUUUUGUACUUCAUUAAGGAUACUACAUUACUAACUGCUAACAUAAUUGAUGUUUUUUUUAUAUAUGUAUGGUUGCAGAAAAGUAUAUAAA